CUUGGUGUUCUAAAAGGGUCAAACAGUGUAAACGUGUGAAAACAAUUACAGAUGAUUUAACAGAAUCUUAUUCUCUGCAGUCCUCCACUUCAGAGUCAAGUGUCCUUUGGAAACGUCUCUGCACAGCUCUGCAACUUUAGCAUCUCUCACUACGCCUGUUCAUCAGUGGUGGCUCUGUCCUCCAGUGAUCUGGUCAAAGUCAUGGCAUGCAAGCUGACCAGCAGCAUGAACUACAGCAGGGAGAUUUGGAAUCUUUUCUUCCAAAAGUUUGCAGCACCUCUGGAUGAAGCCCUGGAUGCCUACUCCAACAUGACCCUCAACAUCAGUCUGCCUGACCCAUACGUUCUUGAUGCCAUCGGUGAGGUGAAAGUCAACAACUUCAGCAAUGCACAGCUUGCGGAUUCCGUUUUCAUCACCAAGUGGUUCCAGACGAGGCUCAGACCAUUUUUGUCAUCAGUGUCCGUAGACUUCCUCUCUUGUCUCAGUUCCAAGAACUUCAGCUGUCAAACCUACCAAGUUGUGGUGGAGGCUUUUAGCAGGCAAGAUCAACUCAUGGAAGAAGAACAGAAAUGGUCCAUCUUUACUUAUUUCAUCUAUCCUUUCCUCUCAAGAGACGACCUAUCAGAUCCCGGUUGUGUUUCCAGCGCUUCUGGCAGCGGUGACUGGCUAGCAAAGAACCUUGGCAAGUUCUCCAUCUAUGCCACCUUGGAAGAUCUUGGAAUUCUAAAUGAAAAUUUCUCCAGCUUUGUCUCUUUGGACCUGCUGACUCCUAGCCAAGCAGCUGAACUCACUCUGUCCUCUGGAGCACUGAACAGUACAAGUCAGAUCAACCUAGUCUUCUACCGACUAGAGAAAGGCGAUGCUUUCAAGAAUGUGGAUGAGUUUUUCACAGCCCUUAUUGAUCAGGAGGUUGGCAAAAUCAUCCCUGCGGUGAGAGAUGUGAUGAUGAAUCUAACCUUCAAAAUCAUCAGCAUUAAGUUUCCACAGUUUGAGACCUCUGACUGGAUCGACUGUUUGAGUGUUUCAGGAAUAAGCAGUGUGUUCUCUAAGAUGACUGCCAGCAGGAGGGAGGAAAUAACAAAGGUUUUAGUCAAACACCUGAAGAAUCUUGCUGCACAGCUAAACACACCAGUUUGCAGAAAGGAUAUCCACAGUGACGCUGACUGGCUGAGAAUCAACUUGGGUCUGUUCUCGACAACAGCUGACUACUCUGAUCUCAAAGACUUGAAUAUCUCUGGGGUGGUGGUCCUGGACUCCCUUUCUGCACAACAGAAAGCAGAGCUGAUACUAGAUCCAUCCAGUGGUGCUCUAGAGAAUGAGACGCUGGUGAAGGAAGUGCUGACAGGAAUACUCUCAUCCUCUGGGAAGGAGCAGCUCUAUGUGUUCUUUGAGACUUUUGUCAACGUCACCGAAGAGGAACAAAUUUACUUCAUUGAAAACGCAGCUGUGAGAGACACAAUUCUGAAUGUGACAUUGACGGCUCUUGCUCCCAAAUUUAACGUCUUCCCACCGAGUCAGUUUGAGUUGUGGUUCCAAGAGAAUCUUUUCGUUGUACUGGCCAGUUUCCGACCCUCUUGGUUGCUCGUGAUCCCUAGAAAACCUCAGCUGUGA